UUAUAAAAACUUGCUUUGCAGUGUUAUAGCAGAACAGAAAUGGUUGAAUAUUACAAUUACGGCUGGUUCAAUGCAAUAUCCGGUGUAAACACAAAUGAUUAACAAACGGCUACAAUGGCUGUAGAAAUAGGAACUUCGCUACCAGCCGGGAUUUGGAUUGCUGUGAUAUCCAGCUUUAUUAAUGGAUCUACGUUUGUGCUUCAAAAGAAAGGAAUAUUGCGAGCACGUGCUAGAGGUGGUUCCUAUUUGAAAGAUGGAGUGUGGUGGGGAGGUACACUUUCAAUGAGCAUUGGCCAGAUUGGUAACUUCUUGGCCUAUAACGCAGCACCCGCUGUGAUUGUGACACCUCUAGGAGCCCUGGGUGUGCUGUUUGGGGCUGUGUUGGCUUCCUUUAUUCUUCAGGAGCAUCUGAAUAUCCUGGGAAAACUUGGCUGUGUGCUAUGUUGUUGUGGCUCAAUCGUGCUUAUCAUUCAUUCCCCGAAGUCAGAGAGUGUGACAUCUAGAGUGGAGCUGGAGGAGAGAUUGUCAGAUCCAGUGUUUCUAACAUAUGCCUCCUUGGUGGUCCUGCUGCUGGUUGUACUGAUUGGGUGGAUUGCCCCCAUACAUGGCACGUCUAACAUCAUGGUGUAUGUAACCAUAUGCUCUCUCCUUGGAAGCUUCACGGUGCCCUGUAGCAAAGGCCUAGGUCUGGCCGCUCAGGACGCCUUUAGCGAGGGGCCCUCAAGUAGCAGGGCCCUUGUUCUCUUUGCGUGUUUACUGGGAACGUUGGCGGUCAGCAUCCUCAUCCAGUUCACUUUCAUCAACAAGGCCCUGGAAAACUUCAGCUCCAAUAUAUUCGAAGCUAUAUACUACGUGACGUUCACGUCGACCGUGAUAGUUGCCUCUGCGAUUCUCUUCAAGGAAUGGACAGCAGUUGGUGUAGUGGACUGUUUCGGCAUACUGUGUGGUCUCACGACAGUGUCAGUAGGGGUCCUUCUACUUAGAAUAGAUCAGGGGGCUAUGCUCACCUGGAAGCAAUCAGGGGGAAGAGCAAAAGUGGACUGAUGUGGGUUUGAAUCUAAUUCACACCAGAAUUUCAAAUAAAAGAUCCAUCCAUUUUCUUCUGCUUAUCCAGGUCCAGGUUGCAAUAGCAGCAGGUUUAACAAGGUAUUCAAUAAGUCCCUCAAGCCUUGCAAAAAAAAAAAGAAGAAAAAAAAGUUAUGUUAUUUGUAAAAUGUGACGUACUUACAUGAUUCCACAAUGAAGCAGUGUACUUGAUUGUUCCAUUGCUUUUUCACCUAAUACGGAACUGUUUAACUGUGUCCAAUUUCCUUACCUUACCUGCAGUUUUGGUACUGUAUUAACCAACCAAAAAUAAAAUGCAGUUUAAAGCUUCUUAA